AUGGUAAAAGGAAAGAGAGAAGAUCAACAACAUCAACAACAUAAUAACAAUAACAAUGAACAACAUAAAAAAGUAAAACAACAAGAAGGAGGAGGAGAUGAGAAACAACAACAAGCAUUAACAGUAACAAGUUUAAUAAAUGAUAGUAUAACACCAAUAUCAACAAAGUAUUGGUUAAAAGGAUAUAAAGAAGAAUUGUAUAGUUCAAAUGUAGUAGAAUCAAUAUUCAACGAUGAGAUUAUAGCAUCGGAUAUUGACACCAGAAAGUUAAUGUUACUCGAACUAUCACAUUACCUCGAAUCUUAUCUAUGGCCAAACUUUAUGCGUGAAGGUAUAGAUAAUAAUGCCAAUCGAAAUGACUCUCACAUUUGGUCAAUCAUAUUAAUGGUCAAUGAAAAGUCACGUGAAUCAUUAUCACCAUUUGAUGUUAUGCAUAAAUCUUUACAUUCUCUAACCGAACAACAAAAAGAAGAAAAAGAAGGAAAAGAACAACAACUACCGCAAGAUGAUGGUGGACAAAAAUACUUUAAAAUAUUCUUUGAUAGAGUAUUGGCAAUUGGUGAAUCUUUAGAUAUGUCAUCGAUCAGUGGCAUUAAAUUAGCGACACAUUACAUAUUAUUUUUAAUCAAUUGUUUCUCAUCUUUGGAAGAUGCAAUGGUACGUAAUGAAUGUCUAAAGAUUGUAUCCUAUCCAAUGUGGACUCAUGUCAGUUCAGGUAGAUUGGAUCAAGAACUCUUGGAUCUAUCACCACCUUCACUUGUAAAGAAAAUUAGAUUAUUAAAAAAGAAAAAUGAAAGUACAAUUUAUUCAAAUUAUUUAAUUAAAUUAAUGGAUAGAUUUAUUAAAUUAUUGGAUGGAUUAUCAGUUGAUGCACCAAACAACAAUGAAACAUCUUUGGAAUUAUACAAAAACAAGAUUUAUUAUUGUGAGAGGUUUUUAGAAUUUAUGAUUGAUUUGGUGAAUCAAGUGACCACUCGUAGAUUCUUUUAUGUUGUUAUUGAUGAUUACCAUUUAUUGGUUAAAAUUAAAGAAACUAAAUUCUCAAAAUCUUCUUUAAAUUCAAAGACUAUAAAUGAAUCAACAAAAUUAUUAGAAUUUUAUUUAAAUAUAAAUAUUAAUAAUUUUACUGGAGAGGAAUUGGGUAGUGAUGUUAUAAUUAGUAGUCAUUAUUUCAAGAUUCAGAAUCUGCAACGGUUGGCAUUUAAAGAGUUUCCAGAGGAAUUAAAGGAAUUGGCAUUUGCCAAUGUUUCACAAGUCGAAUCAAAGGAAAGUUUGUUACGUUGGUUUGGUGCACUCGAUUUACCAAGACUCACUGAAUUAUGUAUCAAGUUAAAUCUAAUUGACAAGUCGGCAAACAACAAGUCAAGUAUCGUCCACUCCAAGGAAUAUUUAAUCGCCAUUUUACUAUUCACAUAUCGUCGUCGUUCACAUCAUGACCGUUUAUUAAAUGAUCCAAUUUAUCCAACUGAAUUGGAUUUAUUCCCAGAAACAACUACGACCAACCAAAAAUCUUCUACUACAUCAUCAGUUUUAGAAAAUGAAUUAUUUUCAGGAGAUUAUAGAGGAACUAGAUCAUUGUCACUUCCAAAAUUAGGAUUACAAUAUCUUUCAUUCAAUGACUACUUGUAUAGAAAUUAUUAUCUCUUCAAGAUGGAGUCAGUCUAUGAAAUUAAAUCAGACAUUGAAGAUUGUAUUCGUAGAUGUUCUCCUAAAAAGGAAGGUGAAAAGACAGUGUUUGCAGGUUGGUCACGUAUGACACUUCCCAUUCACUCUUUCCGUCUUGGCAAGAUUGGUAUACCAAAUAUUGGAGAAACUAAACCUAAAUCAGUAGCUGCUACCGUCACUGUCACAUUGGCUAAUAUCAGAAACCAAGAUCUUCAACAAGAAUGGGAUUCCAUCAAGGAACACGAUGUUUUAUUCCUUGUAUCAGUUGAUGCCAACCACAACUCUAAUGGAUAUAAAGUCAAGUAUGUACGUGGAUGUCAAGUUGUUUCAUUGACUGAUGACAAGGGUGAAAGAAUCGAACAACAUCAUCAUCAAGAAAAUGGAGGAGGUAGUAAGAAAAAGGCAAUCUCUCAAAUCAGACAUAUCAAGGUUGAUUUGGAUUGUAAUCAAUACCAAGAUGACAAUAAUAGAGGUAUAGUUGACAACGUGUACAAGGGAUCAUUCAAUCUGUUGGUACGUCGUAAUGCCAAAGAGAAUAAUUUCAAAGCUGUCCUAGAAACUAUUACAGGUUUAAUUAGAGAUAAUCAACAGCAACAACAACAACAACAACAACAACAACAAGAGGAAGGAGGAGAAAAACAAGCAAGUGGAAAGGCAAAUUUACCAGACUGGUUAUCAAGUACAUUUUUGGGAUACCCACAAGACUCUAUUAUAGACAAUCAAAAUAAUAAUAGUAUCAAGUUAAAUGAUACCUUUUUAUCAAAGGAUCAUGUAUUAAAAUCACUCGUUCAUGACAACAACAACAAUAAUAAUGUAAACAUUGAUAAAUGUAAUCAACCACCAUACAAGUUGACAUUCCAACAAGAUGAAUCAACUGAAAGGUUAGUUUCAAUUGAAACAUAUAGAGAUAUUAGUAUUGGAGUAAAACAAAACAAAGUAGAGUUUACAGCAGCACAGGCACAAGCAAUUAUCAAGGGUACUAGAGAGGGACUUACUUUAAUCCAAGGUCCACCAGGUACAGGCAAGACAGAUGUAGCCGUUCAAAUCAUAUCAAACAUCUACCACAACUAUCCAAACCAAAGAACACUUAUUAUUACACAUAGUAAUCAAGCUCUAAAUCAAUUGUUUGAAAAGAUCUAUCGUUUGGAUAUUGAUGAAAGAUAUCUUUUACGUCUUGGUCAUGGUCACAAACAAUUAAGAUUGGGUAGUGGUAAUAAUGAUAAUUCAACAGAACCAGAUUUUACAAAAAGUGGUCGUAUCGAGUACAUGGUCAAUCUUCGUCAAAACAGAUUACAAUUGGUAGAUUAUUUGGCAAAAUCUCUAAAAGUUACAUCAGAUGUUGGUUAUACUUGUGAAACGGCUGGUCACUUUUAUCAACAUCAUAUUGAACCAAUGUGGAACAAAUACAAUGAUCAAAUUGACAAACAAGAAAACAAAGAACAAUUUAUUGUAAAGAAUUUCCCAUUCCCAGAUUACUUUUCAGUUGCAUCGACCAAGAUCUUUUUCAAAUCACCAGAUUCAGAUGAAAUGGCUAGUCUUGAGGAAUUAAAGGAACGAGUUGAAAGAAUGUGGACUGGUGUCAAACUAGUGUUUACUGAAUUGGAAGAAUGUAGAAUACUAGAAUUGUUGAAAUCUCCAAGUGACAGAUUCAACUAUCUCUUGUUAAAACAGUCUCGUAUCGUUGCAAUGACAUGUACACAUGCAAGUUUGAAACGUGCAGAGUUGGUAAGACUAGGAUUCAAAUUUGACAAUGUACUGAUGGAAGAAGCAGCUCAAAUAUCAGACAUUGAAUCGUUUAUCCCUCUUCAACUGCAAUCGACCCAGUUCUCUGAAAAGAACCGUUUGAAGCGUCUCAUUAUGAUUGGCGACCACCAACAAUUACCACCAGUCGUAAAGAAUGCUGCACUUGCCAAGUUUAGUCAUCUCGAUCAAAGUUUGUUUGCUAGAUUUGUCCGAUUGGGCGUACCCUAUGUUGUACUCGAUCGUCAAGGUCGUUCACGUUCCCAAAUCUCACAACUCUACAAAUGGCGUUACAAUGGUCUCCAAGAUCUCCAAAUCAUCAAGGAUCGUGAGAAUGACAAAGAUCACAAGUUACAGACAGUGACUACAAAUGGUGAUUUGAGUCAAGAGUUUGCAUUGGCCAACCCAGGGUUUGUUUAUGAAAGUCAGAUUGUUAGUGUAGAGGAAGGACAAGAGUAUGAACCAACUCCACACUUUUUCCAAAACCUCGAAGAAGCUGAAUACCUUGUUGCCACCUACCAAUACAUGCGUCUUAUUGGGUACCCAGCCAACAAGAUCACAAUGCUCACUACUUACAAUGGUCAAAAGGCACUACUCCGAAACAUUGUCAAGGAAAAGUGUUCGCGUAACCCACUCUUUGGUGAACCGUACAAGAUCACCACUGUCGACAAGUUCCAAGGCCAACAAUGCGACUAUGUACUCUUAUCACUUGUCCGUACACGUCAUUUUGGUCAUAUCCGUGAUCUCCGUCGUCUCAUUGUAGCAAUGAGUCGUGCACGUCUUGGUCUCUACAUCUUUUGCAAGGAAUCCUAUUUCCGUGAUUGCUAUGAAACCACAGCCAUCUUUUCACGAUUCAAACAACAAACUACCAAACUCCAACUAGUACCAGGCGAGACCUAUCAUCCCUACCCAGAAUUUAAACGUCUCGCUCUACCAAAUACCCUAUCAGCUCCACUACCAAAAUUACAAGAACAACAAAAAGACCUAAACAUCGAACAAAUAUUCCAAGUUGAAAAUCAAUCUCAUAUGUAUCAAUUGGUUCAAUCAAAUUUACCACAAUAA